UGGAGCGGUCACGUGAUCCGGAUCGGGAACUUGCGGGCAGCCCCAAAGGAAAGAAGUUGGCUGCGGGUUGGGAAAAGGCUCGGCGGGAGCCCGUUGUCUUACACGAGGGCUUGAAGGAUGCCAUGCCAUAAAUCCACUGUGGAUGCGCCAAUCCUCCAAUUUACCAACUGCCGGAUUUUGAAGGAACAUGUCUUGCAAAGAGAGGAUCUAUGGGUAAGAGCCGGGAAGAUCUUAAACCCAGAGAAGGUGUUCUUCGAUGAGAAAAAGUCUGCAGAUGUCCAACUGGAUUGUAAAGGCAGCAUCCUGGCACCGGGCUUCAUUGAUGUACAAAUCAAUGGGGGGUUCGGAGUAGAUUUCUCCCUGGCUACAGAUGAUGCACAAGCAGGAAUUUCACUGGUUGGCCAGAGGAUACUGUCCAAUGGCGUGACUUCGUUUUGCCCCACGAUGGUGACCUCACCAUCUUCGGUCUAUCACAAGGUUCUACCUCAGAUCCGUGUACAAAACGGAGGGCCUCAUGGAGCUGGUGUCUUAGGGAUUCAUCUGGAGGGUCCCUUCAUCAGCAAAGAGAAGAAGGGGGCUCACCCAGAAAAUUGCCUCCGUACUUUUGAGUCGGGAGCCUUUCAGGAUUUGCUGGCCAUGUAUGGGAGCCUGGAUUGCGUCCGGAUUGUCACUUUAGCCCCUGAGAUAAAACGCAGUGGUGAAGUGAUCCGGGAGCUGACCAAGAGAGGCAUCUGCGUAUCACUAGGUCACUCUGUGGCUAAUUUAUCUCAGGCUGAGACGGCUGUUGGUCAGGGAGCUACCUUCAUUACUCACCUCUUCAAUGCUAUGUUACCUUUUCACCAUCGAGACCCCGGGAUUGUGGGACUUCUCACAAGCGACAAGAUUCCUCCCGGCCAGCAAGUGUUUUACGGCAUGAUCUCAGAUGGGAUCCAUACGACUGCUGCUCUGAGAAUCGCACACCGGGCCCAUCCUCAAGGUCUGAUCCUGGUGACAGAUGCUAUCCCAGCAAUGGGACUUCCCCCUGGCAGACACACUCUGGGCCAGCUGGUGGUAGAGGUAGAAGGUGCAAAUGCCUACAUUGCAGGGACCAAAACACUGAGUGGAAACUCCACCAUGGACACCUGUAUCCGCCAUUUCAUGCAUGCCACCGCCUGUUCAUUAGAAGCGGCCCUGGAGGCUGCCUCUCUCCAUCCUGCUCAGCUCUUAAAUAUCGAGGAUCAAAAGGGGACCUUGGAUUACGACCGACGCAAUUUUGUGCUGCUGGAUGAUACUCUCCAUGUACGGGCCACUUACAUUGCCGGCGAAGAGGUCUGGAGACAGAGCAACUUCAUUAUCUGAAGUUGUGCCGAGCUGGAUGAGCUGUGCUUCGGACUGAAGGCAGAAGGGGACUCAGAGUGGCCCACAGCUCCAUUUCCCCCUUAAAGCCUCGUGGUUUGCCUCAUUUUUCUCCACAGACUGUCUUUGAAAAGUCCUGCUCAAACCGUAGCAUUGGCUGCCCUCCUUCCUAUGGACGAUGGUAGAACUUUCCGUCUCGACUUGAUUCAGGUAGCCGUCCCACAGAUAUGAGGGAUUCCUUCCAGAACUUGACAGGGACUUUCCUCACUGUUCUAUCAAGAGACUUACUGCUACUGCGAAGCAGCAGCCAUUUUUUCCCAGAGUGCCUCAUUCUUCGUUUUUCAGUGCAACCUCUUUAACCUUUGGAUGGUGCUUUGGGAAAGGGGGUCAUCUUCUUUGAUCCAUUUAAAGCCAACUCUAUACAGCACUGUUACAGCUGACUGGAUUUGUCUGAGCUGAAAAAUCUGGGGUGACAUUAAACCCCAAGGCAAAAUGUGCAUCCUGCAAAAAUCAUUUCUUUGAGAGCCUGGGAGCCAUUUCUGACCACAAUUGCUGAAAUCUGUAAUAUGGUUUUAUUUCAUGUUGAGCUGGAAAGGUCGAGAAUACAGAAUAACAAGAGUUGGAAGGGACUUUGGAGGUCUUCUAGUCCAACCUUCUGCUCAAGCAGGAAACUUAUAAUAUUCCAGACAAAUUAACGAACCCCCCUAAAAUAAGUUCAAUAUUUUUUAAUGGCUCCCAAAUUCCACCCGAAAGAAAUACAUACAGAAUAUAUACAUAAAAAACUCCCUUUGUACAACAACCUUGUAAUCCUUUAAUUUGGGGUAAAUUUGGGGUGAAUAGAUGAAGCUGAGCAUUUGCUGGCCAGAUGCCCUUCCUGAUGCCACAACCUAGGAGAGAAAUAUCUAUUGCUACCAAGGAUUGAAUUCUCAACCUCCCAAGGGGGAGGUGAGAAAUCAACAAUGGCAAUAUGCCUUUUAAGGGUAUAAUAAUUUUAGAUAGUGAGAUUCAUUGAUUUGAACGAAAAUUUUUCACGUCUGGAGGCCAUACUUACCUAUAUAGCACUAUAUCAAUGACACUUAUGUACUGCUUCAUAGUGCUUUUACAGCCCUCUCUAAGCGGUUUACAGAGUCAGCAUGUUGCCCCCAAGAAUCUCGGUUCUCUUUUUACCCCCUCGGAAGGAUGGGAGGAUGGGUCAACCUUCAGCCUGGUGAGAUUCGAUUGCCGAACUGCUGGCAGUUAAUAUGGUAAUCCGCAGAAGUAGCCCGCAGUACUGCACUCUAACCACUGCACCACCGCUGCUCAUAUACUCUAAAGCUAUAUUUCAGUUAAAAGGUUUGUAGAAAUAAAGAUAAUAUUUUUCCUGUCCAA